UUUCCUCGUGUUUCCCCAAACGCAGAAUCGCCAAAAAUUGUCGACUGUUGGUGGGGCGACGCAACAUUUGCUGAUCGUAUGCGACUGCUGCCUCGCUCCCUUGCUGCAGCUCUUUACCGCGAUCCAGCGUCAAUCGCUGCCGUAAAUCAUAGAAAGAGUUCUGUAUUUGCGAAUCAUAUGGAAGCUCCUAGCGUAGUUGGACCACUUCGUUUCUUCAUAUACGCUUAUGAGAGAAUAAUUCGACCCAUAGCCGAGCAUAAAUAA